CCCACGCUCUUUUUUUGUCAUUCGUUAUUUUUUUUAUUUGAUUUUUUCUGUGCCUUGGGUCAUAAUGAAGUUCCUCGCCCUUGCCAGCCUGGCCACCUGCGUCGCGUCGGUGGCAGGCUCCGGGUCCGCUGCCGACGACCGGGCCGAAAAACGCGAUGUCACAGGCUCCUACAUCCCCACCAAGGCACCGUACGACAAUCUCUGGAACAAAGUUACCGACGAGGAGGAGAGAAACAUCAUUGAGUUCAUAAACAGAGAGAGAAAUGUCUCCAUACCUUUGGAGUUCAACUUUGUCCGGACGUCAAUCUGGCAGCUGGCCCCUAACAAGACUGAGGCCAGCCUCUACUUGUCAGGUCAGGGCGAGAAGCCAAAGCGUUAUGCUCGUAUCAUGGGUGACGGUGAUUGUGUCGCCCGCGAGUAUAUGAUCGGACCUCUGCCUGUCAGCAACGCGACAAAAGCCACUGCUCUCGAUUAUAUGUACCGCGGAAACGCAACGCUGGUGAGCACCUCCAGCUGGUGUACCAGGUCAAGCAGCAGCAAGCUCCGUCGCGAGGCUGCCGAUGAGGCUCGGGCCGACAGGGAGAAGAACACUCUUCAGCGUCGCGACCCCUAUAACCCCUACAAUGAGGAGAUGGGCUGGAAUGGCGACGAGCUGCCGCACGACGACCAGUCACCCCCCGUAGCUAUCCUACCCAACGGCGCGCGCCACGAGUUCGACCCUGACCAAAACUAUGUCUCGUGGAUGGACUUUACAUUCUACGUCGCCACCGGACGUGCGGGUGUUUCCGUGCACGACAUUCGUUACAAGGGUGAGAGGGUCGUGUACGAGUUGGCCAUGCAGGAGGCGCUCUCUCACUACGCCGGCCCUGACCGGGCUCAGACUUACGCGUCUUAUAUUGAUGUGACCAUCGGCUUCACCGCUUUCAAUUUGAUCCCUGGAUUUGACUGCCCAUCUUAUGCAACGUACACCGACGCCUUCUGCCUCUUCGAGUUCCCCAAGGAUUUCCCCAUGAACCGUCACUACAACCGCCAGUACAGAACCUACGACGCCACCAGCAACACUGCUUUUAUCCUGCGCAGCGUCAGCACCGUCGACAACUACGACUACAUGACGACGUACGAGUUCCGCCACGACGGCUCCAUCGAGGUCAUCGUUCGCGCCUCGGGCUACAUCCAGGGGUCCAGGGCGGUGGACGAGGAGAACGCGUGGGAUUAUGGGUUCCGCAUCCGUGAGAACCUCUCGGGCUCCAUGCACGACCACGUCCUCAACUUCAAGGCCGAUCUCGACAUCUACGGCACCAACAACAGCCUGUUCAAGACGGAAUUUGUGCCCCACCAGGAGGUGUACCCCUGGUCCAACGGCGCCGUCGUCAACACGAUGAAGGUCGAGCGCAGCUUCAUCGCCAACGAGGACCAAGGCAAGAUCAACUGGGCCGCCAACGCCGCCGCCUCCUACUCAGUCGUCAACAAGGACAAGCCCAACGAAUUUGGCGAGUACCCCGGAUACAAGAUAUACCCUUCCACCGGCUCGAGCAUCCACGUCACGGUCCAGAACUCGACCGUGUUCCCGCGCGAGAUCAACUGGGCCACCCACCACCUGUACGCCCUCAAGCGCAAGGACUCUGAGCCCGUUGCCGCGCACCCCAUCACCGCCUGGGACAAGGGCAAGCCGCCGUUUGUCGACUUUAACAACUUUUUCGACGGCGAGUCCCUCGAGCAGGAGGACCUCGUCAUCUACUUCAACCUAGGCAUGCACCACAUGCCAGACACAUACGACUUGCCCGUCACCGUCUUCCAGGGCGCCCAGUCUGGCAUAACGCUGCGGCCGCAGAACUACCAGCGAAGCGAUGGCUCCCUUUCCACCAGGCAGCAGAUACACUUUGACAGCAGGGAAGUCAACAAGUACGGCAGGGAGGAUCUCAAGGGGUCUUAUGACCUGGCACAGGCUAACCCUCCCUUCUACCCUGGCCUUGGCAGCUAG